AUGCCAGACGAUAGUCGGAUGGUAGCGUGUGAUCUGUGCGGAAAGUGGUACCAUUUUGUGUGUGUCGGUGUGGACUCAAGUGUUCAGGACCGUGAUUGGAGCUGCGAGAAUUGCACCGGAAUCGGAGCGGCAGCUCAAGUCCCAGCCGGAACUUCAACACCAGCCGCCACGGGAGGUAAACCAAAAUCCGGAAGCACGAAGACACACGAUGUUGUUCCGGUUGACAGUCUUCAACGGCAGCUAGCAGAGAUGCUGAAGAAAAUGGAAAGGCAGCAAAAGGAAUUCGAACGGGUUAUAAAGGAAAAAGAUGAUCAACGUCGAGACGCUCUCAGGGAACAACGAGAUAAAUACGAACGAGAGCUACAGGUUUCUGAUCGACGAGUACGUCAACAGCCUGUGACAGCAGCACUUGGUGGUGUACCAACUGCGAAUUCAACGAGUAAUCCCCUCCCGUCAGUUCAUGUCAGCGGUAUCAGCCAAGCAGAUGUUCUGGUUCAAGAGCUGCAGUUACUAGAGGAGAAGCAAGCGCUAGAACGAAGACAUUUGGAAGAGAAGGGUCGACUAUUGAAGCGAUUUGGAGCGUUCGACGGAGGUGCAGCCGAAGGUGCUUCCGGACUCAACCCUCAGGCGAGUGCAGUUCAACCACCUAAUAGUAGUUCGUUCGGAGUUUCUCUGUUAAACCAGAGCCAAGUGUCAGCGCGCCAAGUUGUCAGUAAGGAGCUUCCAAACUUCUCGGGGAGUCCUGAAGAAUGGCCACUCUUCUUCGCAAGUUACGAGAACUCAACCCGAAUCUGCGGUUACAGUGACGAGGAGAACCUUCUACGCCUCCAGCGAAGCCUGAAAGGGAGAGCAUUGGAUGCGGUGCGCUGUCGACUGCUGCAUCCGUCAAACCUAGCAGGCGUGAUCGCUACAUUGAGGACACUAUUCGGAAGACCGGAAAUCAUUGUCCACUCGCUAGUUGCCAAAAUCCGUGAUAUGCCUGCACCGAAAGCAGAAAAGCUGAGCACGUUGAUUGAUUUUGGAGUCGCUGUUCAAAAUGUCUGUGCCACUAUUACGGCGUCGGGUCUUGAUGAAUACCUUUGUAAUGUAGCGCUUCUACAGGAGCUAACCGUUACCUUGUCGGACUUUGGUGAUUGGCUAGGAAAGUUGGUGGAAGCCGCCAGUGUUGUUACCAUUCCAUCCAUUGGCGUCUCGAAACCGGAGAAACACGGUCGCAGGGAAAAUAAUUACCUCAACGUUCAUUCGGACAGUACCAGUGAAGAACUCAUCCCGAAGAAUCGCUCUGUGGCUGCUUCGAAAAGUUGUACAGUGUGCUUAGGAGAAUGCAGCGGCCCUGAAUCGUGUCGUAAAUUCCUGAACAUGAAUAUCGGAGAUCGAUGGACAGUAGUCAAGGCGAAGAAGCUGUGCCGAAAAUGUCUACAAAAGCAUUUCGGCGCCUGCCAUGUUAAAACGCCGUGUGGAAAGGAUGGUUGUUCGUUCAUGCAUAGCAAGUUGCUACAUGACGACAAACGGUACAAACCCGCAGUGUCCGAGAUGCCAGCUUCGUCGAGUGAAGGUUUGACAACGCAGAGUUGCAAUACUCAUUCGAAUACGGCCGGUAAGAUACUUUUUCGCUACGUGCCCGUGACCAUUUUCGGAAAGGGAAAGACAGUGAAUACUUUUGCCUUCCUCGACGAUGGAUCGUCGGCCACCUUCGUGGAGCACAGUCUAGUGGAAGAAUUGGGCCUCGAAGGGAUACCACAUCCAUUAUGCCUCAAUUGGACGGGUGGACAGCAAAGGGAAGAGAAUGAAUCGGUCAGAUUAGCGCUGAAGAUAUCGGGAACAUUCGAUUCAAGCAAGGUCUACGAACUCUCGAAGGUUCACACGGUACGCAACCUUUCUCUACCGAAGCAGUCGGUCUCAGUGGAACAAUUGGCAUCCAAAUACAAAUAUCUGCGAGGACUGCCACUAGACUCGUACACUGACGUAUCUCCCAGGAUCCUGAUAGGAAUGGACAAUUGCCGCCUUGGUAACGUACUGCGGAGUUCCGAAGGAGCCGAAAACGAACCUGUAGCAUCCAGAACCCGCCUUGGAUGGCUUGUGUACGGACCUUGUACGACGAUGUCAACAAACACGACCUAUAGCGGCUGCCAUAGUUUUCACAUUUGUCCGUGCAAUACUGAAAUAGAUAGAAGCUUGGACGGUGCUUUGAAGGAAUAUUUCUCAAUUGAGUCUUUGGGAAUAUCCGGAUCGUUUAAGCCGCUGCUCUCGAAGGACGAAGAGCGAGCGAUGAAAAUCUUAUCCACAGAAACGCAUCUGAAUGAAAACCGCUAUGAGACUGCACUGUUGUGGCGCUACGACAAUGUGCGGCUGCCUGAUAGCCGAGCAAUGGCAUUGAAGCGUCUAGCGUGCUUGGAAAAAAGGAUGAAACGGGACCCCGAGCUAGCUGUAGCGAUGAACACCAGGCUGAAGGAGUAUGAAGAAAAAGGGUAUAUUCGAAGACUUUCAGCGGUCGAGCAAGCGGACAGGCGUCCCAACGAUUGGUACUUACCGGUAUUCCCGGUUAUCAACCCGAACAAGCCCGGGAAGAUACGGAUGGUGUUUGACGCAGCCGCGAAAGUGAACGGCGUGUCCCUCAACUCAGUACUUCUUACGGGACCGGAUCAACUGGUAUCGCUACUUACGGUUUUGUUUAAAUUCCGUGAAUUUCGUUUUGCUGUAGUUGGGGACAUACGCGAAAUGUUUUUUCAAGUGCGGAUGAGGGUGCAAGACCAGCGCAGCCAGAUGAUUUUGUGGAACAGUGGGAACCCCAAUGAAGACCCUGUGACAUAUGUAGUCAGCGUCAUGACGUUUGGGGCGGCAUGCUCCCCAAGCUGCGCACACUAUGUGAAGAACCUGAAUGCAGACAGAUUCGUGGAACGGUUUCCCCGAGCGGUUGAGAGCAUCAAAUACGAGCAUUAUGUAGACGAUAUGCUGUGCAGUGUGGAAACCGAGGAGGAAGCCGUACAGCUGGCCAGGGACGUACGUUUUGUUCAUUCGCAAGCGGGUUUCGAAAUCCGGAACUGGUUGUCAAAUUCCAGCAAGGUUACGGCAUCGCUACAGGAAGAUACCACGACGGAGAAAAAUAUCAACCCGUGUACAGAGAUGGCAACGGAGAAAGUGCUUGGAAUGUGGUGGGAUACUGCCAGCGACACGUUUACUUUCAGAUUAUCCCCCAAGCACGAUGGGAAACUGUUAUCCGGGGCCAGGAUGCCCACGAAACGGGAGGUACUCAGAACACUAAUGGCGAUAUACGAUCCGAUAGGACUAAUCGGAAAUUUCCUAAUGUAUUUGAAAAUUCUUCUGCAGGAAAUUUGGCGCUCUGGAUGCGCCUGGGACGAUGAGAUUGCAGGGAGUUUAGCUGAGAAAUGGUUGACCUGGAUCGCAGUGCUACCUGAUGUACGGAACGUGCGUGUUCCCCGAUGCUACCGAGUCAUCACGUCCGCUAAUACCACGAACGUUCAGCUGCAUAUCUUUUGCGACGCAAGCGAAAACGGAAUCGCCGCCGUUGCAUACUUUAGAUUCGAGGAUAAUGGUGUGAUAGAAUGUGCGAUGAUAGGAUCGAAGACGAGAGUUGCGCCGCUGAAAUUCCUGUCGAUUCCGCGGUUAGAGCUACAGGCUGCUGUAAUUGGAGCCCGGCUGGCCGGUAGCAUUGCUGGCUCGCACCGAAUUAAAAUCUCACAACAGAUAUUCUGGACAGACUCCCGGGAUGUGGUAUGCUGGAUACGCUCCGACCACCGUCGCUUUAGUCCGUUCGUGGCAUUUAGGGUGAGUGAGCUGCUGGAAACUACCAGAGUAAACGACUGGCGAUGGGUACCCACCAGAUUAAAUGUAGCUGACGACGGAACGAAGUGGCAGAGGUUGCCGGACUUACGACCCACAAGUCGCUGGUUCUGCGGGCCAGACUUUCUACGGAAACCAGAAAACGAAUGGCCAGGAGAAGGUUGUGACCCAGGGACGACUGUAGAAGAGAUGCGUUCAAGCGUUCUUCAUCACAUGGUGGCAAAACCGUUAAUAGAUUUCGUACGUUUCUCCAAAUGGAAGCGCUUACUGAGGGCGGUAGCAUACGUCGUUCGAUUUGCCGCGAACCUUCUUAAUCGUCGUAACCGAAUACCUACUAAACUAGGACCGCUCGAGAAGGACGAGCUUAAUCGUGCAGAGCAAAUCAUCUACCGAGAAGUCCAGCGACAAGUGUACCCUGACGAAGUUCGGCUUCUAAGCAACGUACCUUCGGACAAACCAUCCUGGCAAUACAAUGUUCCAAAGACCAGUCCGCUACACGAGUUUAGCCCGGCCGUCGACGAGCACGGCGUUCUACGAAUGCGGGGAAGAAUCGAUGCAUGUGAGUGGGUGGACGAGAGUGUUAAGCACCCCAUCCUGCUCCCGAAACAACACUUUGUGACCGAUUUGAUAAUCGCCAGCUACCACGAAACGUACCGUCACCGAAACCAUCAGACAGUGUUGAACGAAUUUAGGCUCAAGUACUGUGUUCCUCGGUUGCGGUCAGAGUACAAUCGUGUACGCAGAAACUGCCAGUAUUGCAAGAUACACCGAGCGGACCCGGAGCCCCCUGCCAUGGGAAAUCUGCCUCCUGCACGCCUGGCGGCUUAUCAGAGACCGUUUUCAUAUUCCGGGAUAGAUUAUUUCGGCCCCAUGUUGGUAUUAGUCGGCAAACGAGUUGAAAAACGAUGGGGUGUCUUACUCACCUGCCUGACGACUAGAGGAGUCCACAUUGAACUCGCCCACUCGCUUUCGACGGAUUCCUGUAUCCUUGCUUUGCGCAAUUUUAUUGCGAGAAGAGGAACACCUCUCGAGAUCAUUAGCGACCGAGGCACCAAUUUUGUUGGGGCUUCACGAGAGUUACGAGAAGCUUUGAAAACCGUGGACGAGGAGAAAUUGAUGACCAGCUUCACUGGGGCAAACACCAAGUGGAUCUUCAACCCGCCAGCCGCUCCCCAUUUCGGAGGUUGCUGGGAGAGGCUAGUGCAGUCGUUUAAAAAGGUUAUGAAGGAGUUCAAGCCACCACGUCUACCAUCCGACGAGAUCCUCAGAUCAAUGCUUAUAGAGAUCGAGAUGAUCAUUAACUCUAGACCGCUAACACAUGUAUCACUAGACACCGAAACUGAGCCCCCCUUAACACCUAACCACUUCUUGUUAGGGUGUUCGAAUGGAAGCAAGCCCCCGAUCGCAUUCGACGACCGACCCAUGGUGCUGAAGCAGUCGUGGAAGAUGUCCCAGCUGUAUGCUGACGUAUUCUGGAAGAAAUGGGUGGCUGAAUACUUGCCCACCCUGACCAAGAGGACAAAAUGGUUUCAACCUGCAAAACCGAUAGAGGAAGGUCAACUGGCUUUGAUUGUGGACAACGGACUCCCAAGGAACUGCUGGCCGCGGGGCCGCAUCGUGAAUGUCGUCCGCUCUAGCGAUGGGCAAGUACGACGAGUUACAGUGCAAACUGCAAGCGGAUUGCUGGAGAGACCGGCUGUCAAGAUUGCCAUUCUGGACGUCGAUCCAAUGGAGAAUAAGCCGUUGCAACUCCAACAGCGUACUCGGGGGGAGUGUCACACACCUGCGGCGAGUGCCGAUACUCCGCCGACUGGCAACCGUGACCGACCGAACGUCAUCUACAUGUCAUCCUCUGAUCUGGACGAUUGA